AUGAGAGACACGAAGAGGGGGCUCACAGGUACUCUGGAUUUGAGUGAAAACCCUGUCUUGACCGAUGAGGCGAUCAUUCGCAUUUGUGGAGCAAUAGAGAAGAAGCGGAUGCUUUUCAUUGACUCCAUCAUGCUGAACAACUGCAGCAAAAUCCAUGACAGAUCCGCACGAGCUCUCGGGAAGGUUAUUAGAAACACCUUGGCGAUGGCCAAGGAACAUCUGGAAGUGCUGACGAUAGAGGCAAUUCUCGCCACUGAUAAUGUUGGUCUUGAGGAGAAGUAUCAACGGCAACCUGAUGAGGACCCUAGGACCAUCGAUACUAGCGCCUUCGGCAAGCGAGAGAACAGCGAGAACGCGGAGGUGGAUGAUGAUGAUGAUAACGAGGAGGGAGAGGAAGCUGAUGAGAAGAGGAAAAUGGAGGAGAGAAGGACGAAAUGGGAACAGAGCAUGCGCGAGAAAUUGGAUCAUAUUGACAGCAUUGAAGUGGAUGCGUUCGAGGACGAUAUAGAACUUCCCGAAAAUUGCUCACGGAGUGGUAGUACUUCCCGCACUACAAGGCGACUAGAAGAGCUGUUGAGGUCCCUGCAAGAUGCAGUAGAAGAGUGUACCAAGAUCACUUGCAUGGACAUUAGAUGUGACGAAUUUCCAUGGAUUCACGAUGCGACGAAGAUAUUAGCCGUCGAGCACAAGCUUCAGAUCGACAGGAUCGCUGCUUUCGGCAAUGGUAUGACAGAAGACAGCUCCGUGAACAGCAGUGAUGCUAGUGAGCGAUGGGCCAUUCGUUAUAGCCAAUAUGCAUUUAUUCGCGUUUUUAAAUCAGGGAUCACGUGGGAACAUGGUAUCGGUGAUGCUAGGCUUGAUGUCACCUAG